AAAAUGGAAGGAGCAAGAGUCCAAAAAAACAAAGGCCCAAUAAUGUGGAUGUAUUGUUGCCCAUAACCAAAAAGUAAAAAAAAGAAGUGAGAACUCUAAAAUACGUAGCAGUGUAAUUCCCUCCUCUUUCCUCCUACGCCUCUCACAAACUCAGACCAUUUGCCAUUCCUCUCUCUUUUCCGGCGAGGUUAACCUUCCAAACCGCCGCCGCCUCCUCCGCUGCCGCAGUACUGAAGGUUAACGACGCAGUCCAAAAUGAAGAUAGAAGAGGUACAGUCCACUACUAAGAAGCAGCGGAUUGCCACUCAUACCCACAUUAAAGGCCUUGGCCUCGAUGCCAAUGGGAAUGCAGUUCCACUGGCUGCUGGCUUUGUGGGUCAGGCACAGGCAAGAGAAGCAGGGGGGCUCGUGGUUGACAUGAUACGACAAAAGAAAAUGGCUGGUCGAGCUUUGCUUUUUGCUGGCCCCCCGGGUACUGGGAAAACUGCGUUGGCCCUUGGUAUAUCUCAGGAACUUGGGAGCAAGGUUCCAUUCUGCCCUAUGGUUGGGUCAGAAGUGUACUCAUCAGAAGUGAAGAAGACUGAGGUUCUAAUGGAGAACUUUAGGAGAGCUAUUGGUUUACGUAUCAAGGAAAACAAGGAGGUUUAUGAAGGAGAAGUGACUGAGCUCUCCCCGGAAGAAACUGAAAGUGUGACUGGUGGCUAUGGUAAGAGCAUCAGUCAUGUAAUCAUUGGGCUGAAAACUGUAAAAGGGACCAAGCAAUUGAAGCUGGAUCCAACUAUCUACGAUGCUUUGAUAAAGGAAAAGGUGGCUGUUGGAGAUGUUAUCUAUAUUGAAGCAAACAGUGGGGCAGUUAAGAGGGUGGGGAGAAGUGAUGCUUUUGCCACAGAAUUCGACCUUGAGGCAGAGGAGUAUGUCCCACUUCCUAAAGGAGAAGUACACAAAAAAAAGGAGAUUGUGCAGGAUGUUACCCUACAUGAUUUAGAUGCAGCAAAUGCUAGGCCACAAGGUGGACAAGACAUAUUAUCUCUGAUGGGCCAGAUGAUGAAGCCUAGGAAAACAGAAAUUACAGAUAAGCUACGUCAAGAAAUUAAUAAGGUAGUCAAUCGAUAUAUUGAUGAAGGUAUUGCAGAGCUUGUACCUGGAGUGUUAUUUAUUGACGAGGUGCACAUGCUGGACAUCGAGUGCUUUUCAUAUUUGAAUCGGGCAUUGGAAAGCUCGUUAUCCCCAAUAGUGAUCUUUGCAACAAAUAGAGGAGUAUGUGAUGUGAGAGGAACGACAAUGAAGAGUCCUCAUGGAAUACCUGUAGACUUGUUAGACCGGCUAUUGAUAAUACGAACAGAAACUUAUGGUCCUGCUGAGAUGAUCCAGAUCUUAGCAAUCCGUGCUCAAGUGGAGGAACUGGUUGUAGAAGAAGAAGGUCUUGCUUACUUGGGUGAGAUAGGGCAGCGGGCAUCUUUGAGACAUGCAGUUCAGCUUUUAUCACCUGCAAGUGUGAUAGCCCGGAUGAGUGGCCGAGAAAAUAUAUGCAAGGCGGAUAUUGAGGAAGGUGAUUCAUUGUAUCUAGAUGCCAAGUCUUCAGCAAAGCUUCUGCAGGAGCAACAAGACAGAUAUAUUUCAUGAUGCAUUUGAAGUCAUUAGAUUUCUGUAGUUUAGCUCUGGAAUGUAUAUUUCAGAUCGGGGAGGUUGGGUGACUUGUUGAAUGAUUAAUUACUUUGGUGUGCAAAUUAUAUGCACUGCUAUUCACUCGGAGCAGUACUGCAGUUUUGCCUUGUAGGAGCUGUACUUAGGGCAUGUUGCAUCAUGUAUCAAAAUCAACAAUCUCAUGCCAUUGAUGGCUAUGGGUUUUCAUCA